AUGCUGGACAUGUACAGAUUACUUUGGAUCGUUUUUAUAAUACUGUGGAUCCUAAACGAUUCCACCGCGGUGGCACUGGUGGUUAGCUCGGCACGAGCCUCAGCGGCUAGCGGUGGCGGAACACUCACCUACAGCCGGGAGGAUCUACUCCAACUCCGAUCAUCUGUCCUCUGCAAGGUAGGACCGGGGGAUCCUAUACCACCGGAGCUACGCCCGAGAAAAAGGGGAAAACCGGGGGGUGUGCGGACCAGACUAAGGAAGCGCCGCUUCAGACCCCAUCUCCCUUCCAUUAUCCUGGCGAAUGUUCGCUCUUUAAAGCCAAAGAUGGACGUACUGCACGCCAGAUGUCGGCUGACAAGAGCCUUCAAGGAGGCAUGCAUCAUCGCCCUGACGGAGACCUGGCUAAACGAGACCACCUCGGACUCCGAAGUCAAUCUGGACGGAUUCACCAUCAUCCGAGCCGACAGGACAGGUCAGUCAGGCAAGGACAGCGGCGGGGGGGGUGUGCGUGUUUAUAAACAACAGGUGGUGUAACAACAUCAAAAUCCACAACACAGUCUGCACACCUAACAUGGAAAUGUUAACACUGUCACUUUGGCCUUUUUAUCUCCCCUGUGAGUUCCCCACUGUGGUUAUUGGGUGUGUUUACAUCCAUCCCAAAGCCAAUAACAGAGUGGCAGCAGAAGAGGUAGCCGACGCGGCUAACUCCCUGUUAGCUAAAUACCCCGGAGCCCCGGUGCUCUUUAUGGGGGACUACAACAACUGCAGACUCGAGGGGGUACUGCCCUCUUUUCAACAGUACGUGGAUGUUCCCACCAGGAACGAACGCACCUUGGACUUGUGUUAUGGAAACAUUGACGAUGCCUUCACUGUGAGGGCUCAUCCUCCGCUCGGUGGUUCUGGAGUCAGCUCCGAUCAUAACAUUGUGUUCCUGCUUCCGCACUACAAGCCGGAACUGAAGCGCUCCAGACCACAAUCACACUGCGCCCCUCAAUGGUCGGAGGACGCUAUUGCGCAGCUGCAGGGUUCACUAGCCUGUACGGACUGGGACGUCUUUCAAGGCGACCUAGAUGAGAGGGUCUCUGUGAUCACUGACUACAUCAAAUUCUGUGUCUCUACUACCAUACCCACAUAG